AUGGCCAUGGAUCCAAUGUUUAGAGGAUAUAAUUAUGCCAUCAAUGGAGGCAAACUCAUUGAUGAUGCUCUGUCGGUUUUCUCAGACUUAAAUCUUGCUAAUGGGUUUGAACUUGAAUAUAGCUUCCCAGAUAACCCCCUUCUGGAUCCUCCUCUGCUUCCAUUUAAUCCAAGCUUUGGUAAUUUAGUCCCAAGUAGUGUGAUCUGCCAUGAGAGGAGAGACUUGUAUAGCGAGGAUUGUGAUCUUAAUGAUGCAACGCUCAACUAUAUUAGCCAGAUUCUUAUGGAAGAAGACACGGAAGCGAGGAAAGGUGUGUUAGAGGUGUCUCCUGAAGCGCUUCAAGCUGCCGAGAAAUCCUUCUAUGAGGUUCUUGGGGAGAAGUACCCUCCUUCGCUCAAUCACCCUCACACGUCCUCUCUUGGGCAAAAUGCUGAAUGUCCAGACAAAAACUGUAAUGGGAGUUAUGGGGAAUGCGAUAAUAAUGGCUGCAAUGGCAGUAGUGACUUCAGAGUUCCCAGGGGGGACUACAAUUUUAGUGAAUAUAGGUCCUGUUAUAAGCAGAAUGUUCCUGUGGACUUUACUUCACAGGGUAGUGGGCUUAAUAUUGUAGAUGGGUUUGUGGAUUCUUCAGUAAGUAGCCCAAGUGUUCCUGCUAAUUUUAGUCAGAUAAACUCUGUCCUGCAAUUUAGUAGAGAGGCUGAUGAAGCGAGCAAGUUCCUUCCAAAUGACGGUUGUUUGUUUGCUAAUUUAAAGAGUUGUGCGUUGUUCGCUAAUGAUGAAAUGGAAAAAACUAGAAAUGUGGAUGUGGUGGUGGAGGUUGGAUUGAGGGGAAAGAAGAAUACUUAUCUGGAGGAUGUGGAGUUGGAUUCAGGAAGAAGUACCAAGCAAUCGGCUGUUUAUACUGAAUCAACUGUGAGAUCAGACGUGUUUGAUAUGAUGUUGUUGUGUAUUAGAGAAAAAGGUGAAUCUGCGAUUCGUGAAGCCUCGCAUAAUGAAGCAAGAAAAAAUGGCCAGCAGAAUGAUCAGUUAAAAGGAUCCAAUGGUGGGAAGGGGCGUGGUAAGAAACAGGGAGUUAAGAGGGAUUUGGUGGAUUUGAAAGCUCUUCUAACCCGUUGUGCACAAGCUGUUGCAGCGGAUCAUCGAACAACUGCAAACGAGCUACUGAUGCAGAUCAGAUUGCAUUCAUUUCCUAAUGGAGACUCUAUGCAGAGAUUGGCUAGCUAUUUUGCCGAUGCUCUUGAGGCACGCUUGGCUGGCUCUGGAUAUCAGAGCCGCAGUGCCAUUGUCGCCAGGCGAACACAGACUCUGGAUAUCUUGAAAGCUCACUGUCUAUUUCUUGCUGUCUGCCCAUAUAAGAAGCUUUCAAACCACUUUUCAAAUAAGACAAUUAUGAAUGCAGCUAAGAAAGCUACAAAGCUCCACAUUGUUGAUUUCGGUACUUCCUAUGGGUUUCAAUGGCCUUCCUUCAUAGAACAGCUCUCAUCUAGACCUGGUGGAUCUCCGAAGCUUCGGAUUACUGGGAUUGAUCUUCCCCAACCAGGUUUCAGGCCAGCAGAGAGGAUUGAGGAGACUGGGAAACGCUUGGCGAAUUAUGCUGAGAGUUUUAAUGUUCCUUUUGAGUUCAAUGCCAUAGCGAAAAAAUGGGAAACAAUUCAAAUGGAAGAUAUCAAGAUCAACGAUGAUGAAGUGCUCAUUGUGAAUUGUAUGUUUCAGUUUAGAUACCUUCUUGAUGAGACAGUUAUGUUGGAAAGUCCUAGGGAUACGGUUCUGAAGCUAAUCAGGAAGAUGAAUCCAGAUGUUUUUGUGCACGGGAUUACAAAUGGUGCCUACAGUGUUCCUUUUUUUUUAACGCGAUUUCGGGAGGCUCUCUCCACCUUUUCUAUGAGUUUUGAUUCAUUUGAGAAUACUUUGCCCCGUGAGAGUCCGGAGAGGAUGUUGGUUGAGAAAGAAAUACUUGGGAGGGAAAUAAUGAAUGUGAUUGCAUGUGAGGGCUCAGAGAGGAUUGAGAGGCCAGAGACCUAUAAACAAUGGCAGGUCCGUAAUGUGAGAGCUGGGUUUAGGCAGCUCCCCCUGAACAAGGAGAUUGUCAGGAAAGCAGCGGAGUGGGUGACAUCUUCAGGCUAUCACAAGGAUUUUUUAGUUGAAGAGGAUGAUCAGUGGUUACUGCAGGGAUGGAAGGGGAAAAUUGUAUUUGCUCUUUCUUCCUGGAAGCCUGCUCUUUAG